AGCGACAGGAUGGGCAGUCACAGAUGCGGGUUCUGAGGAGAAACAAACUAUGGCUUGGUAUGACGGGUUGUGUGUGUUGGGGUUGAAAUCAGCAUCUGAAAUGGGGCCCCUGCAGACUGAUCGCAGCCCCUCCCCCAACCUGGGUGUAUUUGAGACCUCGAUGGAAGAGGAUAGUUUCGAAUCCCGCUCACGCUACAGGGAGCAGAAGUUAAGUGAGUCGAUGAACUCUGACGACUUCAAGAAGUUUCACCGCGGCUCUACCAUAAAGAAAUACAACUCUCAGUAUCACAAACUCUUCAAGGAAGUUCCCCAGCAAGAGACAUUGAGGAAAGUCUAUUCCUGCGCUCUCCAGAAAGAUAUCCUGAUCCAGGGUCGUCUCUACAUCUCCAGCAACUGGCUGUGCUUCUACGCUAACUUCUUUGGAAAAGACAUUAAGGUCACGGCUUCGGUUACCUCGGUCGUGCUGGUCAAGAAACACCGGACAGGAGGGCUGCUCCCCAACGGCCUGGUCAUCAGGACAAGCUCCAACGACAAGUACAUCUUUGUGUCCUUCAUCUCGAGAGACAGUGUCUACGACGUAUUGAAACAAGUCUGCUCACAUUUACAGGACAGUAAGAAGAGUUUGAGUGUGAGCCUGUCUCCAGAUACGUGUGAAUCCCUACCCUUGGAAAACUAUAGGUUACAUUCGGACUGGAAGAGGAAAAUAGCCAACGGAUCCUCGUCUUCACUGCCAGAAACAGAGUAUCAGUCCCUGCUGGGGAACUCCACCAGCAGCCUAAGUUCUCCAGAGGCAGAGAGCUCCAGUUACCACAGCCAGACCUUUCGAGAAAGAGUGGUGAAGAAAGAAAAAAUAUUGGAAUUGGACUCGGUUGAGAGGAUUGGAAAAGUUGAAUACGGAAUCCUCAGGAUAUUAAUUGUAAUAGUCAUUAUUCUGUUGGCAUCGUCGAUUUACAUGACGUUCAGAGUUUACUCCUUGGAACAGCAGCUGGAACUCCUUGAUGCAGCCUCCCAGUCUCGAGCCCAUAAGAGGUAAAGCACAUCCUUGAGGGUUCAACGAAACUGCCAGCUCACAGUUCCUGUGGAGCAAACCAGGCGCAAACCACAGCAACACUGAGCCUCCAAGAUCUCGCUCAGGCUCUCGGAAUGGGAGGAGCUCCCAAAGCCAUCGUCAAUUUCCUGACCACUGUUAGCAAAGAGGCCAAGACUAAGUGUUUCCAUUGCACUAUAUGACAGUACUUCAUGUGCAACAUUUAAAGCUUCAAUUAGAUGCGGCAGUUACACAGAAUCACCUGAUGAGCAGUCUGAUUUUAUUUUGAUUGAAUUUCUGAAAGCUUAUUUCAAGGGGGAUGUGAAUCUGGGAUUUCACUCCAUUCAAAAGAUUAAACGCUUCAGUGCUUACCUCUGUGAUCCUAUUCCAAACUCAGUGCUCGAACUGAGGAUCCAACACAGAGGGGUAGGAAUGGACUGAGAGCUUUACCUGUUCUUAAAUCUAGAAGAAAUCAGAAAGCAAUGUUGAGAACUCUAGAAUCAGCUGUUGAUACGAAGGUAUCUCUAGUCCCACUCUUUGAAAGCACUGUGUUUAUUGAUUGGUAUAAGGCUUGACUUUGCCUGAGACAGUAAAAGACAGGCUAGUGGAACUCUUCCAACAACCUCUGUCACUUCAACAUUGCCCUGGUCUGCACUUUACAGAGUCGGAUUUCAGCCUCUGAUCUAAUUGUUCCUAGAACCUGCAGGCAGUCAUUAUCCAGAGACUGCCUCAGUUUAUUUAUAAUCGCCAGUUAUCAGAUGUUGAUUGAAUAAUAUUGUGCACUCCACUUUCUCAGAAGUAUCUUUUAUGACUGCUCCCGUUACAAAAAGAUGGAUUUUGAUAUACCUGUAAACUUUAGACUCGAUGCAAAAUAAGAGGGCAGCAUCCAUUGGCUGGCACAACACCUCCCGGACAGAAUGGUAGAAGGAUAUGUAUUUCAGAGAGUGGCAGAACCGCAUAGAUUGAACAGAAGGGAAAGAAAUGGAAAAAGGACAUUCGCUGAAGAGCGUGAGAGCGUUCAAAAGCUAAGAGAUUACCAUCUACUGAACGAUGUGGGAGGAGGACAUUGCGUAGGAAUGGCAAGGGACACUGGGGAGAAAUGAAGUCUGCGACUAUCAGUGACAAGAUAAUGGGUAGAAUUUUACAGCCCAGUUGUGGUUGAGGUGGGGGUAGGGGGCAGUGAGCUGUCCAAAAGUGUAUUGACUUCGGCGGGACUGUAAAAUCCUGCCGGCGUAAAAUUCCACCCAAUCUUUCACUGGGUUUGAUGGGCAGGGUUUGAUGGUGAAUGCCGAGGGGGUGGGAUUGUGAAAAGUUAGUGGAAUUGGAUACAGCGUGUGAUGGACUGUGCGGCGGCACAACCUAUGGUGCAAGCUUCCAACAGGUUUAUAUUGCACAUGACACACUUCAGGAUCAGGCUUUAUAGGCCACAAUAUAAAUGAGGAGAGACCUAUAAACUGGGCACUCCUUACUUGGGCUCUGCAAGCACUGACGCUCAAAACAUAAAGAUGGCCAAAGUGGAUCAUUGUAAAUGUUUUACCUGUUUUUCUUUGUCAUUUUUCAGUGUAAUAAAUGCAAUAAAAGACUACAUUUAUUGUU